AUGUGUCGCCCCCAGGCUGAUUUUUUUCUGCACCGCAUUUUUUGGAGCUUCUAUCUGUGUAUUGUAGCAUUCAGACACUGCAAGUCACUGGUGCAGGUUGAUGGCACGCACCUGUACGGAAAAUAUAAAGGUGCACUUCUGGUAGGUGUUGCACAGGAUGGGAAUCAAAACAUUGUGCUUAUUGCAUUUGCGAUUGUCGAGGGUGAGACAGCAGACGCGUGGGAGUUUUUCCUAACCAAUUUGCGGAGAUAUGUUGUUACCAUUGAUGGUGUGGGUAUUAUUUCUGACUGCCAUACCUCUAUCGACGCUGCAAUGGCUCGCAGUAACGGUGCAUGGUCACCACCAAGGGCCUGGCACAUGUACUGCAUCAGGCACAUCGGGUCCAACUUCUUAAAGAGGUUCAAGGCUCCAUAUUUGCAUAAACUCGUGGUCAACACAGUUAUUUCAACUUGCUAUUAUGGCUAUUAUAGGACGGAGCAGGAGUAUAAUAAAAACUACCAAAGGCUUAAAGAGCAGGGUGAGGCAUAUACUCAAUGGUGCGAUGAGAUCGGUGUUGAGAGAUGGGUGUUGACAUUCGAUGGUGGUCAUCGUUGGGGACAUAUGACAACAAACUUGGUAGAGUGUAUAAAUUCUGUCCUGAAGGGUGCACGCAACCUUCCUGUGACUGCCCUUGUCCGGUCAACUUUCUAUCGGCUGAAUGAGUUGUUCACUCGGAAGAGUACUGAGGCUCAUGACCGUCUCCACAACGGAUUCACGUAUUCAGAAUUUGCAACGAAGAGAGUUGAAUAA